AUGACAUCAAUUACAACUCCAUCUAAAGUUCUUAUUGGUCAUCCAACAUUUAAUCGAUCAAUUGAAUCUCAUGGAAGUGCUCAUUCGGCUGAUACAAAUUAUAAUGGAUGGCGAGGUGAUGGAACAGUAGGUAAUGAAGAUAUCGGUACUCAAACAGAUGGAAGUGGUGGCGGUACUGGUGGUGGUGGAAGUAUAACAAGUAGCGGAAGAAUAAUAUUAAGUGAUGCAAGACGAAAAAAAGAAGAUACAAUUGUAGAUAUUGGUCUUGAAUCAAUGAAAUAUAACGGAGCUAUUCCAUUUCGCCAAUUACAACGACCUGAUCGUUUAACACGACAAGGUUCGCGUCAAAGCGAAUGUGACGGUUCAUUGCUCGGUGAUUUCAUGUCGAAUACAUCGCAACCACUCACAUCAAAUAUUUCGUCUUCAAAUGUUGAUAAGAAACUACUCAUUUCAUCAUCGAUAAAUGCAAAUAAUACAAAUGAUUUAACAUCGAUUGCUGUUAACGUUCCUUCUCAAUCAAUAAAUUCUCAUCAUACAAAUAAUAUAAAUAAUAAUCCAGAUGAAACAUCAUCUCGUCAAACACUCGUACAUUCUCGUUCAGGUGAAUCGAAACGUGUUGAACGAACAUCACGUAAAGAAUGUUAUCGGUUGGGAAGACGAAAAUUACUUUUUGAAAAACGUCGUAAAGCAUCGGAUUACGCUCUAUUUUUUGCCAUGAUUGGCCUUUUAUUAAUGGUGCUUGAGCAAGAAUUAACAAUGGCUAAAGUUUAUGACAAGAACAACUGGUGCUCAUUGCUUCUCAAAUCAUUUAUAACUCUGUCCACAUUGAUCCUGCUUUCUAUGAUUGUUUUCUAUCAUGCACUUGAAGUUAAAUUAUUCAUGAUUGACAAUUGUCUGGAUGAUUGGAGAAUUGCAAUGACAUGGCAACGUCUAUUACAAAUUGGUGCUGAAGUAUCAAUUUGUGCAAUUCAUCCAAUACCUGGUUCAAUAGCAUUUGAUUGGACAACACAUAUGUCGAACAAAGCUGAGUAUCAUUCGCAAAUAAAAACAGUUCGUGUUUAUGUAGAUAUUUUACUUUCAUUGCCCAUGUUCUUUCGACUGUAUUUAAUAUGUCGUGUUAUGCUUUUACAUAGCAAAUUAUUUACAGAUGCUUCAUCAAGAAGUAUUGGAGCUUUUAAUCGUAUUAAAUUUAACACAAGAUUUGUAGUUAAAACAUUAAUGACUAUAUGUCCUGGAACAGUUUUACUCGUUUUUAUUCUUUCGCUUUUUAUUAUUGCUAGUUGGAUAUUAAGAGCAUGCGAAAGUAAUCAUGAUCCAAAACAUCAUGGAAAUCUUCUUAAUUCAAUGUGGUUAAUUGCUGUGACAUUUUUAGCUAUUGGUUAUGGAGAUAUUGUACCAAAUACUUACUGUGGUCGAGCUAUCUGUGUUGUAUCUGGUUUAACGGGAGUGUCAUGUACAGCAACAAUGGUUGCUGUUCUUGCACGGAAACUUGAAUUAACACGUGCUGAAAAACAUGUUCAUAAUUUUAUGAUGGAUACACAAUUAACAAAACGAUUAAAAAAUGCAGCAGCAAAUGUUUUACGUGAAACAUGGUUAAUUUAUAAAUAUACAAAACUUGUUAAAAUUGUCAAUACAUCAAAAGUACGAACACAUCAGAGAAAGUUUCUUCAGGCAAUUCAUAGUCUUCGAAAAGUUAAAUUAGAUCAAAGAAAAUUAACAGAUAAUGUUAAUGCGGUAUCAGAUAUUGCUCGACUUCAAUCAUCAGUUUAUGAUAUUGUAACUCAAAUGUUAACUAAUCAAACAGUUCUUGAAACAAAAUUUCAUGAUUUAGAUUCAAGAGUUAUGACUUUACAGUCACAAAUUGAAAAUCUACCUAAUUUAAUGGUUACAGCUGUUACUGAACAAAAUAAUCGUUUAUGGGAGCGUUUAGAAACUCAUGUUCAAACACAAUUAAAUGCAAUUCGACCAGCGUUACCUACAAUAUCAGUGACUUGUCCUCCUCAACGACAGAAUACUGUGUGA